GCUGCUUAUGUAUAUAUGGCUCAUAUUUCGAGAUCGAUAGUGUAAUUAUGUUUUACUUUUAUACAGAAAUCGCAGUAAACUGAUGUUUAGCUCGUUUGUUCGUGUUGUUUGCGCCUCAGUUAUGAAGAGAACGAGUUCUUCGUAUUUCAGAAGUGCUGCAGGUCUGGGGACUGUCCAGAAUUCUGGAGGAAUCGGGGGGUUAAGAUCCAGGAUGGUGGAGAACAACACAAUCAAAGAGGAACCUGAUGAUGGACAUACCAGUACAGUACAGGAGUCCCAGUAUGGACAGUCUGAAGCUUCUGGGCGCGGAAAGCGGCGCCACCUCAAGGUGGAGUACGAAGCCGAGGGCGCUGCGGCGAAGGACGAGCGCUGGGAGCCGCCCGAUUGGAGGAGUCAGCUGACCCUCGUCAGGGAGAUGCGGAGCGGCCGGGACGCUCCGGUGGACCAGAUGGGGGCGGAGAAAUGCCACGACCCGGACGCUCCACCCGAGGUGAGGCGCUACCAGGUGCUGGUGUCGCUGAUGCUGUCCAGUCAGACGAAGGACCAGGUGACGGCGGCGGCCGUGCGGAGGCUGCGUGGGCGGGGCCUAAGCGUGGCGUCCGUUCUGGAGAUGGACGAGGACACGCUGGGCCGGCUGAUCUACCCCGUGGGGUUCUGGAGGAGGAAAGCGAGGUACAUAAAGCAGGCGACCGAGAUGAUCCAGCGCGAGUUCGGAGGGGACGUCCCCGACACGGUGGAGGGUCUGGUUCGUCUCCCCGGCGUGGGACCCAAGAUGGCACAUCUGGCCAUGACCAUCGCCUGGAGUCGGGUGUCCGGGAUCGGUGUGGACACUCACGUCCAUCGUAUCUCCAACAGGCUGGGCUGGACCCGCCAGGCCACCAAAAACCCGGAGGAGACCAGACGAGCUCUGGAGCGGUGGCUACCGAGAGACCUGUGGGCCGAGAUCAACUGGCUGCUCGUGGGUUUCGGGCAGCAGGUGUGUUUACCCGUCGGCCCCCUGUGCUCCUUGUGUCUAAACCGCCGCUCCUGCCCCUCUGCUCACGGACCGGCACCCGACGGAAGACCCGAACCCCGUACGGCUAAACGGGAGGUGAAGGAGGAACCGGCCGCCGUCCCGGUCGCUACAUCUCGGUCCAGGAGAAGAACGGACACGAGCAAAACCCAAAAAAAGCUCCGCCCCACCUAACAGCUCUGGAAUGAACCGGAACAUCAGCAUCAGCACCCAACCAUACAUGUCAUAUGUUGACUGAAUGGGCACAAAUUCCCACAGACAUACAAAAGAUCACAUCAAGGUCGCUCUAAUAUUGUUCGUUUUUGAACUGGGCCGUCCGACAAGCUCACGUUCAGGCGUCCACAUACUUUUGGUAAUUUAGUUUAUGUGCAUUUGUUUAUUUACUGAACUUUUUUAACAGUUUGUUUAUUUUUCUACAAAUAAACAAUAAAGUAAAA